AUGACUUUCUCGUCCUUAGCACAUUUCGAUGGAAAGAUCCUUAUCUCGAACGAAUGGGUAGAACCAAAAUCGAAAAAGACUAGGCCAGUCUACAACCCCAAGGAUGCUACCUUGGUCACGGACAAGCACCCCGUGUGCAAUGAGCAGGACAUUGACGCGGCCGUCAAAAUUUCAAAUAAAUCAUUCGAGCAUGGACCUUGGCCUGCCAUGUCUGGCGCUCAGAGAGGAGCGUGUCUGAGCAAGCUCGCGGAUUUGCUGGAACAAAAUGCCGAGGAGGCUGCAUACUACGAGUCUAUCUGUUCUGGUAGAAUCGUCGCACAACUCAAAUUGGAGGUCCCUUGGAUUGCCAACGUUUUUCGGUACUACGCUGGCUGGUGCGACAAGCUAGAAGGCGAGUCCUUCACCGACGAUGACGGCUUCUACAAGAUUGUGCGUCAUGAACCCAUUGGAGUGUGCGCUGGUAUUACCCCGUGGAACGGUCCGAUGUUCGUGCUGGCGCUGAAAGCAGCGCCGGCACUGGCAACUGGAAACACAUUCAUUCUAAAACCACCGGAGAAAUCGCCAUUAAGCUCACUAUUUGUCGGAACCUUGUUUGAGAAGGCUGGGUUUCCGCCGGGGGUGUUUCAGAUAGUCACUGGCGACGGAUCCACUGGCGCUCUUUUAUCGUCUCACAUGGGAAUCCACAAGGUCUCCUUCACAGGAUCCAUACCAAUUGGCCAGAAGAUUCAGCAUGCUGCGAACGCUAGCAACAUGAAAAGAGUGACCUUGGAGCUCGGCGGUAAGAGCCCGGCUGUGGUAUUUGAAGACGCGCACAUGACCAACACUAUUACAUGGCUAACCCGCGGUGCGACUAUGAAUGCUGGCCAGAACUGCUCUGCAUCCAGUAGAGUCUAUGUCCACGAGUCGGUUGCCGAAGUGCUGAUUGAGGGAAUCAAGGUAAACUUCGAGAGUAUUGCCAAGUCUUUAGGUAGCGAUCCGCAGAAUCAGGGGAGCAGUUACGGGCCUGUCGUCGAUGAAGCUCAGUAUGAGAAUGUUCACAGUUUUAUAGAAAGCGGGAAGAAACAAGCCACCUUGGUAACGGGUGGCUACAGAUACGAAGGAGGCGGGUUCUUCAUUCCACCUACCUUAUUCCUGAAUCCGGAUCCUUAUGCCAGCAUAUAUAAAGAAGAAAUCUUCGGACCGGUACUGUGCAUACGUACCUUCAAGACUGAAGAUGAAGCCGUCGCUAUGGCGAAUGAUUCCCGCUAUGGUUUAGCUGCCUACAUAUUCACUGAGAGUGUUCGCCGCACACUGCGAGUUGCCAAACGGCUCAGAGCAGGCACAGUUGGCAUCAACGCGAUCAGUCAAUUGUUUCCUCAAGCGCCUUUUGGUGGCUACAAAUGCAGCGGACAGGGCAGAGAGCUCGGAAAAUAUGCCCUGGAGGACUUCACCGAGCUAAAGACAAUUUUCAUCAAGUCAGUAUACCAAACAAGUGAUACGAGUCCAGACUAA